UUUUGGGGAUCUGGCUACAGCAGAAAAGACUCCUGCUCAACAAGGGUGUUCCUGACGGUAGCUGGAAAUCAGAAGAACCAAGGACACCACUGAACUCUGGAUCUGGACUUUUUCUCUGUUCAUGGCUGCAGCACCUCUCCCCAGUUUGUGAGCCUCUCCCUGAAUAGCAGCCAUGGCCUUGAAGAAUGUCCCCUUUCGCUCAGAGGUCUUAGCCUGGAACCCGGACAACCUUGCUGAUUAUUUCAGGAAGCUGAACUACAGGGACUGUGAGAAGGCUGUGAAGAAAUACCACAUUGAUGGCGCUCGGUUUUUGAACCUGACAGAAAAUGACAUUCAGAAGUUUCCUAAACUGAGGAUGCCGAUUCUCAGUAAGUUGAGUCAAGAUAUCAACAAGAACGAAGAGAGAAGGAGCAUUUUCACACGCAAACCCCCGGUUCCACGAUAUCCUGAGGAAAUAGAAAUCCAUGAAGAAGACGAUGGUGGCUGGUCAUCCUUUGAAGAUGACUAUGAAAGUCCCAAUGACGACGAUCCGGAUGGGGAGGAUGAUGGUGACUAUGAGUCCCCUAACGAGGAGGAAGAGACGCUAGUGGACGAUGCUGCUGACUAUGAGCCUCCACCCUCCAACGAUGAGGAGGCUCUGCAGAACUCCAUCCUGCCCGCCAAGCCUUUCCCCAACACCAACUCCAUGUACAUUGACCGGCCUCCCACCGGCAAGGUCUCCCAGCAGCCUCCGGUGCCCCCGCAGAGACCAAUGGCCGCCCUCCCUCCCCUGCCAACAGGCCGGAAUCACUCGCCCAACCAUGAAGAAUCUAGCAGAAAUAGGAACCAUAAAACAGCAAAGUUGCCUGCUCCAUCAAUAGACAGAAGCACAAAACCUCCCCUGGACCGCUCAUUGGCUCCUCCUCUGGACCGAGAGCCCUUACUGGGAAAGAAACCCUCUGAUAAGCCCUCCGCUCCACUGGGAAGGGAGCAUUUACCCAAGAUACAGAAGCCUCCUUUGCCGCCAGCCAUGGACAGACACGAAAGAAAUGAAAGAAUCGGACCCCUGACAGCAAGGAAGCCACCAGUUCCAAGGCAUGGAAGGGGACCAGACAGAAGAGACAAUGAUGAAGAUGAUGUGCACCAGAGGCCUUUGCCUCACCCAUCACUACCUUCUAUGAGCUCCAACACAUUCCCUUCGAGAUCUACCAAGCCCAGCCCCAAGAACACAUUCCCAUUGCCUCACAUGCCGGGAGCCAUCUCAGAAAGUAACAUUGGCUUUCAGCAGAGUGCCUCCCUGCCAUCAUACUUCUCUCAAGGUCCCAGCAGCAGGCCACCUGUCAGAAAUGAAGUCAGAAACUUACCUUUGCCAGUUCCAAACAGGCCUCAGCCUCCAUCUCCUGGGGAAGAAGAGUCUCCAUUAGACGAAGAAUGGUAUGUCUCUUAUAUUACCCGGCCAGAGGCAGAAGCUGCUCUGAGGAAGAUAAACCAGGAUGGCACCUUCCUGGUUAGAGACAGCUCUAAGAAGACAGUGAACAAUCCAUAUGUCCUCAUGGUGUUGUACAAAGACAAAGUUUACAACAUCCAGAUCCGUUACCAGGAGGAAAGUCAAGUCUAUUUGUUGGGUACUGGGCUUCGAGGAAAAGAGGACUUCCUGUCUGUAUCAGAUAUUAUUGACUACUUCAGGAAAAUGCCACUGUUACUCAUUGAUGGAAAAAACCGAGGGUCCAGAUACCAGUGCACACUAACGCAUGCUGCAGGCUGUCUGUAGCAAGUUACCCAAGAAACGAGCCUUCCUGACUCUGUCAUCGGUGUGGCAAGAGCCUGACCUGAGCAAACGGACACCAGGACUAAAACAGACUGUCAAUAUGGGCCCUGAGUUCUGCCCUGUCCUGUAAAGUAUCUGAAGACUGUUGAAUACCACGAUUUAUUUAUUUUCUUUGAUGUUUAUAAAGUGUAGAAGUGAUCAUGUUCACGUUUGAAGUCUAAGAGUGCAUGGCAGACAUGAGAUUUUGAACAUCCACCUCAAAAUACAGUACUUUAUACAGUAGAGAAAUAAUGUGGAACGAGCUGAAGAAGGACUGAAAUGGAUGGUUCUGGUUUUAUAACGAAACUUUUGUCAGGCCAAGGCACAAUCUGUUUUUUACACAACUUAAAAUGAUUAAAAUUCAUUUUUGGGGCAGCCAUUACUUAAGAGGCUCCAAAAACUCCAUUGUUUCUUAUUUGGUUUUACAGGGUGUGUUUUUAAUGUGUUCUUUUCAUAAUGAAAUUAGUGUAUGUUGGGAUAAUUUCCUGGGAUUAAAGUUGUCCUUUGCUUUAGUCCUUUAGAUCCUUAAGACAACUUUGUUUGGUCUGGGCUGUUAUAUUUUUGUUUUAAAGCAAAUGUAAGCUACAUUUCUGAAUUUACAAGAAAAUAGUCUUAGAUUCGGUCAUGCAGCUCUGCUGUUGAAUACACUGGGGUUUCUGUUGCUUCUCUAUCACAGUCCUCCAUGUCUACAUCCACGGAGGGCUCCCUCCUCUCCCGCCUUGAAAAACAUUUUAUAGUACUGAAGGUCUCCUGGGAAGAUGAGCACUGCUUUGUACACACACACACACACACGCACACGCACACGCACACACACACACUUGGAGCCCACCUUCCUACUAGAUGCUACUUAUAUUAGCUGCUUUUCAGUUAGAAAGUUUGACUUGCUCCAAUGGUCACCUGUUCCCGUUUCUUUGGGCCUGCAACAAUUCAUAUAGGAUAUUGAAGUAAGAGUGUGAGGCCAUCCAUUCAUCUCGUGGUGGCUGGGAAACAAAGGGAAAGGACAAGAAGCAAAUUUCCCUCAAGGUCUUCCACCUGCUGACCUAACUUCACCCUCCUAAGGCUCCGCCACUGCCCAAUGCUACCCUGGUGGAGGGUGAAGACUCUUAACCUGUGGGCCUCUGGAGAAUACCUGUCCAAACCCCUGCUCUGGUCCUCUGUCUCAUUAACCCAACAAGUAUGUUGCAAAACUGCUGUCUUGUCCCUCUUAGAUGGGCGUUUAAACCCUUCAAAGCACCUCAGAUCUCCUUUAGUUUUUAAGUUACACUUAACAAAAGGCACUGGUGGACUUCUGGUGUGUGUUGGUUUAACUCGCCAUGUUUUACUUCAUGAUGGUGUGAACUGAAAGCAAUGCCUGUGAAGCACAAAUUGUACAGCAAGGUUUGCAUUUUGCUUUGCCUGGGCCAGCAGCAGCUGGUAUGAGAUGUGAAAGUGUUGACUGGCCACGCGAUCACAGGGUACGCAUCAGUACUUCACAUGUUUUAUGUUGCAGGUGGUUUUCUUCUUUGGGCGGGGGGUAGGGGGCUACAAACACUCAAUAAAUUAAACAAUAUAUUCAGUAUUAAA